AUCAUGUUAUUUGAAUUUUUCUAAUUUUUUGACAUUUUAACUUGGACAAAUUUAAGAUUAAUUCAAGCUGAGGCUAGCUCGAGCUCAUCCCACAAUUGACCCGAUCUGACCUUUGAAAAAGUACUUCAAACUUGAGCCGAGCUCGAACGUGUUAAAACUUAAAAAACAUAUCAGCCGAGCUUGAUCAUAUUGGUAUAUCCUUGGCUCAGCUUGGCUCAUUUACAAUGUGAGUUUAAUUCCUGCACAUUAUCCCUUCCACUUUUAAGUUAUAUGUUCCGUGUAAUAUUGCAUUAAUCGUUUGGUGAUGAUCAGGUUUGAUAAAGAGAAUGAAAAUGAUGGUUGACGAAAUCUGUUUAUGAUACGAAUCACUAACUUGAAUUCACUUCACAUCUGCAUCUAGCCAAAGCAAUAAGUGAAUCAAUGAAUCAUGUGAUAAGGCUUGUAAGUUUCUAUUCGUUAAUAGGAGAAGGAGCUAGAUCUCCUCUGGAGAGGGGAAAAGAGGAGAGACAGGAAAGAGAGAAAGCAUAUUCAAAAAAUAUAUAGGGAGCAUACUCCAGCCUCAGAGACGUUGCUUCUCAUGUUCCAACAUAUUCAGCUACAUAUUCUUCAAAACCUCUCAGAAAGUAAAGGUUCCCAAAAAGCAGAGGAUUAGAAAGAGGAACAGCAAUUUUCGUCCACCUGGAAGUGCUUUUUGUAUGACAUCUUUAACAAGCUAAGCACUAAACGACUCCUCAAGCUAUUAGCCUAAAAUCCUGACUUAAACUACAAGUCAAUCAAAUCUCAAAUAGGAGGAGUUCCCUUUCUUCUCCUCUCUCCUUUCUCUUUUCCCCUUCUUCCUCGACCCUUUAUAUAACCUGCACAUAAUAAUGGUUAUGAAAAUUACCAAAAUCCUGACAAACCCAAUUGAAAUAAUAGCUAGCUAUAGCCUCAAAUGGACUACCCUUCUACAUCAUCAUGCAAAGAAAGCACAUCAACAGAGAUUGUGUUCUUUGACAUAGAAACAAAUGUACCCAAUAGAGUUGGACAACGGUUCUGGGUAUUAGAAUUUGGGGCAAUUGUUGUUUGCCCUCGAAAGCUUGUCGAGCUAGACAGCUAUAGCAGCCUCAUUAGGCCAGCAGACUUGUCUGCAGUACCCUCAAGGUCCGGUCGAUGUGACGGGAUCACUAAGGAUGUUGUUGCAAAUGCACCUACGUUUGAGCAAGUUGCUGAUAAGAUAUUCAGCAUUUUGAAUGGCAGAAUUUGGGCAGGUCAUAACAUCCAGCGGUUCGAUUGUGCUCGCAUUAAGGAGGCGUUUUCGGACAUUGGUAGGCCUGCGCCUACCCCUGUUGGGAUGAUAGACUCUCUAGGGGUACUAACUGAGAAGUUUGGCAGAAGAGCUGGCAAUAUGAAGAUGGCAUCAUUGGCAACUUACUUCAAGCUUGGGCAGCAAAAGCACAGGAGCCUUGAAGAUGUUAGGAUGAACCUGGAGGUCCUCAAGAACUGUGCAACUGUGCUGUUUCUGGAAGCAACCCUUCCUAGCGUGUUAGAUGGCAACUGGCAUGGCUCUCCAACAGUUACAACUCGCAGUAGAAGUAAUGGGAAAUUGCCAUGCCGAGAUGAAACAACAAGCCGGAAGUCUCCCCCAACAACUGCUUUUAUCGGAUAUCAAAGAGCAGUUCCAUAUACUCCAAGGGGGAGUUUGGGAAAGGUGACAGAAAGGGUAAAGAAUCUAUUGUGUAGAGCACAAGGAAACCAGCCUCUUAGUAACAUAUUGAAGCAUUCUCAUUCACUACUCCGGUGACGAACUGACGAUUUACUAAUCAAAGGAUGGAGAGAAACUAAUGAGAUGAUUCCCAAACCAAUGCAAUGCCAUGGACAGCAAUACAUGCUUGUGUAGACAGAUGCCUAGUCGAACUUGUUAGCACUAACUGUCUACAGAAUUAGCUGUUCGAUUAAAUUUAUUGAUUUGUUAUUCAUUUAUUCGAGCCUUGGAAAUGUCCCACAAGUUAGAUAGCACAAUGCCAAUGCAAAACAAUAGUGCAGCUGUGCUGUUACUCUUGCAAA